CCCAGAGACUGUAGCUCCCCCAUUUUGUGAGACUGUCCUGGUCCGCGACCGGAAGAGGAAGCACCAGGAAAAAGAAAACCCUCGCCUUCUCGUCUCAAUCUUUUUGAUAAAUUUCGGGGCAUAGCGACAAACAUGGCUUCCGCCUUUGCCAGCAUGCCUCCUCUUUUCUUAAGUGGAAGCAAAAAUAGUUCCAAAAACCUUCGAAAGCUUCCAGCUUCUACGGUGAAAGGUAGACAGAGAUGUGCACCAGUUGUUGCAAAGGCUCUUGGAGAUAGUUCUGAUUCUUCAUCCCAGAGCAUUGUCAAAUAUGUUCAAAAUUCUUGGAACAAGUCUGAAGAUCGAAUUGGCCUUGUUGGUCUUGGUUUUGCAGCCAUUGUCGCAAUUUGGGCAUCCAGCAAACUCAUUGUGGCCAUCGACAAGCUUCCUCUCAUCCCAAGCGCUCUUGAGCUCAUUGGAAUAUUGUUCUCUUGGUGGUUUAUAUAUCGGUACCUCCUAUUCAAACCAGACAGGGAAGAGCUAUUCAGAAAUAUCAAGAAUUCAAUUUCAGAUAUACUUGAGCAGUGAAAGAUUUCAGGGUAAUAACCAGGCAGGAAGCCCGGAAACAAAACUUUAGAGCCAAAGUGGAUCUGGUCUUGGAUUCAUUUCAAAUUCUGGAAUUUCCCGGGGGUUCCAAGAAUGUGCUUCAUUGUUAUGUAUGGGUUUUGUGGAUAACAAUGUGUUAUUCUCCAUGUACUGGCGACGUAUUGUUUUGGACUGCAUGUGUCAAUAGCUCUACAGCGUCAUUCUGCAGUGGCAAUUGUAGUAUGUCCAAUUUCAGCUUUUUGUGCCAUCAAAUUCCUAAACUACUAGAUUCCAAAA